AAUGUUAUACGAGUCGGUUUCUACUGUGGAUACAAAUCUACAAUUAAAGUGUUCGAGAGACAAUACAUCGAAUCUUAGCAAUGAUAAUCGAAGCGAAGAAGUAUCAAAUAAAAAGAGUGUAGGAGGAGAAUUAGAAUGGGAAGAAUGUAUAAAAUUACGAUAUACUGAACGUCCUUCAAACAUUCUCUGUAAUUCACCUCCACCAGCUAAUGGAACAGAAUCAGGAGAGGCGGAAGUAGAUUCGAAUGCUAAUCGUAAUUCAACUAAAACCAUAGUGGAUAAUUACGAUAUUGAAAUGGAAAAAUUAAACGAUGAUAGUCAAAAUUCAAUGUUACAUUUAACUAUCGCUCCCACUCCCAGAUUGGGAUACUAUGCAGAUAUCAUGAUGGAGAGAAAAGGAAUUAAGGGGAAACACUCAAAGUUUGAUGAAAGGAGAACAAAUACAUUACAAUUGCCCGAAGUUAGCCAACCUAUUGUUCAAAGACGACACUCUUCGGCCUCUAACUCGUCUGUUGGCGAUAAAGAUAAUCUAUUAGAAUUGAUCACUAAUUGUCGGGAGAUGGAAGAAUUGAACCUUAAUUUUGAGAAAAAACUCUUUGUUAAAAAAGAUUACUUUUUAAGCACUGCAUUCGGUUUAUUAUUAGGUAUUCUGACUGCUUUAUUCGCUAGAUCACUGGUUUUAGUUUUAUUUGGUUGA